AUGCCCUUCGAACCAUUCCAUCACUCCUGCCAGGACAUCACCAUCGAUCAGUCUGGCACCCUCCACUGCCGCGCAAUGAAACACGACGGAUGCCUCCAAGACGCCAGCCUCGAUCUGACACGGUAUAUAGGCAACACUAAUGGCUAUCUCGUGUGGAAGGGCCGCCACUUUAGCCGUAGCGCGGAGCGUCUGCGCUUCGACCAAGAGGAUCCGUAUAACAGGGCGGUGCUGAGUGCGACGCUCACGACGGAGGGAGGAGAUAAGCGGGACUCGGAGAUCAAUCUGGCGGAGAAUAUUGGUAAUAACAAUGGCCAGUUGUACUUUCGUGGGUGGAAUCGCUAG